AUGCUACUUGACCUUUCCAAUGAGAUUCUUUUGCGCAUUGCUGAAACCUUUGGACUCGCUCGCGACAUCUCGUCGAUUGCCCAAGUUACCAGACGAACGUCUCACCUGCUGCUCCAGUUCCUUUACAAAUUCAAUAUUAAAAAGCAAGGCAGCUCAGCAUUAUGCUGGGCGGCCCAGCAUGGUGAUUCGCUGUUGACAGAACGACUUGUUCGAGAGUACCAUGGCAAUGUGAACGCUAUCCAUAACGGCAACACUCCGCUCCUCUACGCCGCCUCGAAUGGCUCAAUCAAAGUUGUUGAUGCUCUCCUCGCUAGCCAGCAGACCCAAAUUAACUGGCGCAAUGCAGAGGGUCAAUCUGCCCUCUGGUGUGGGGCAUGGUACGGAUAUAUUGACAUUGUUAAGCGAUUAUUGCAGCAACACCACAUUCAAGUCAGCGGCUGUAAUACGAGGACAUGCUGA